AUGUCUGGACAGCAGCCAGUGUUUGUAGUUAAUACUGGUCCUGAGCGUCAUUCUGGUCGCAAGGCUCAGAUCUCUAACAUUACAGCUGCCAAGACCGUCGCUGAUGUUAUCCGCACUUGUCUUGGGCCCAAAGCUAUGCUGAAAAUGAUCCUGGAUCCGAUGGGAGGCAUUCUCCUGACAAAUGAUGGGCAUGCUAUCUUGCGUGAAAUUGAGGUGGCACAUCCAGCUGCAAAAAGCAUGAUUGAACUGAGUCGUGCGCAGGAUGAAGAAGUGGGAGACGGCACAACGAGCGUAAUCAUCCUUGCAGGCGAAGUGCUGGCACAUUCCUUGCCCUUGCUGGAACGCAACCUUCAUCCAGUGGUGAUUAUUUCUGCAUUUAAAAAGGCUCUGGCACGCUCACUUCAGAUUAUUGAUUCAAUCUCGAUUCCAGUGAACGUGGACAAAGAUGAAGAAAUGCUGGCCCUCAUCAAAACAUCGAUUGGCACCAAGUUUGUAUCUCGCUGGUCUGAGCUCAUGUGUCGCCUUGCCUUGAAGGCCGUUCGCACGGUUGCCAGUAUCGAUACGAAUGUGCAACGUUCAAAUGACCCCUUUUCAAACGGUGUGACUAUCGAUCUGAAGCGAUACGCACGUGUUGAGAAGGUACCUGGCGGUGAAAUUGAAGACAGCUGCGUCCUGGAUGGUGUCAUGUUAAACAAAGAUGUCACGCAUCCCAAGAUGCGUCGGAGAAUUGAAAACCCACGUAUCAUCUUGCUUGAUUGCUCGUUAGAGUACAAAAAGGGUGAGUCUCAAACUAACAUUGAAAUUACGCGCGAAGAAGACUGGAGUAAGAUAUUGGAGAUCGAAGAACAGCAAGUGAAGCAAAUGUGCGAUAAAAUUCUUGAAUUCAAGCCGGAUCUCGUCUUUACCGAAAAGGGUGUAUCAGAUUUGGCGCAGCACUUUUUAAUGAAGGCCAAUGUGACGUGUAUUCGUCGCGUGCGCAAGUCUGAUAACAACCGUAUUGCUCGUGCGACUGGUGCGCAGAUUAUCAACCGUGUCGAGGACUUGCGCGAUGCAGACAUUGGAACACGUUGCGGCCUUUUCCAUAUCGAGAAAAUGGGCGAUGAAUACUUCACAUUUCUGGAGAAAUGCACGGAUCCUAAGGCGUGCACUAUCUUGCUUCGUGGUCCAUCUAAAGAUAUUCUACACGAGGUUGAUCGAAACCUGGCAGAUGCCAUGUCAGUUGCUCGAAAUAUCGUGUUUCAUCCUAUGCUCGCGCCUGGCGGUGGUGCUACGGAGAUGGCUAUUUCGGUGGGACUUGCUCAAUAUGCAGGACAAGCCAUGGAAGGUGUCGAGGUGGCUGCUGUCCAUGCAGUAGCGGAUGCCAUGGAAGUGAUUCCUCGUACUCUUAUCCAAAAUUGCGGUGGAAACACCAUCAAAACUCUAACGCAGCUUCGCGCUCGACAUGCAAACGCUGAACAUUCAUAUGGUGUGGAUGGUAAUACGGGUCGUGUUGUGGAAAUGAAACAGUACGGUCUUUAUGAGAGUGCUUCGAUCAAAAUCCAAAUAUUAAAGACAGCCAUUGAGUCUGCAUCUUUAUUGCUUCGCGUGGAUGACGUGGUCUCCGCAAAGCGCAAUGGACAAUCAGGUUUGGGUGCUGCCCCUCAGGCCCAAAAUAUGGCCAUGGCAGGUGGUGAAGAGGGCAUGAACGUAGCUUAA